CAGCUUAACUCGUACUUCGAGCAAAAUGCUCUCAAACGGUUGGACCCAGCAAAAUGUUAAGAAAUGAAAUCAUUCCUAUUUAUUUGACACUCGCCCAUAAAUAGGCUCCUCCUCUGAUCUCGUCUCUGUAAAAAACAAUUUUCAGAGUGGGAGAGAGGCGGUUGCCGGCUUACCUUUACAGAGUUCGAUCAAUCGUAUUUAUUACCUGCAAUUAGGGUUCAUACCGCUGGUUUGUUGUUCCAUGGUCAGGAGAUCGGCAUAGGUGACCACUUCGGAAGGGCUAUUUUCGAGCUUAUUGUAUAGUUAAAACAAAGCCAGGGCGGGCUCGGCCGCAGGUCAAAUGGAUAACUUAAUAACACUGGUGAAUAAGAUCCAGAGAGCCUGCACGGCGCUGGGCGAUUAUGGAGAGGAUAGCGCUCUGCCCACUCUCUGGGAUGCCCUCCCAUCCAUUGCUGUUGUCGGCGGACAGAGUUCUGGCAAAUCUUCGGUUCUGGAGAGCAUCGUGGGUAGAGACUUUUUGCCUCGUGGAUCAGGUAUUGUGACUAGGCGUCCACUCGUUCUGCAGUUACACAAGAUUGAUGAAGGCAGCAGGGAGUACGCUGAGUUCAUGCAUCUUCCUAGGAAGAAAUUCACUGAUUUUGCAAUGGUAAGGAAGGAAAUUGCCGAUGAGACUGAUAGAGUUACGGGCCGUUCAAAGCAAAUAUCAACUGUACCAAUUCAUCUCAGUAUUUACUCACCUAAUGUUGUAAACUUGACUCUGAUUGAUCUCCCUGGAUUAACAAAAGUGGCUGUUGAAGGGCAACCUGAAAGCAUUGUAGCUGACAUUGAGAACAUGGUUCGCUCUUAUAUUGAGAAGCCAAAUUCGAUAAUCUUAGCUAUUUCUCCUGCGAAUCAAGAUCUUGCCACAUCUGAUGCUAUUAAGAUAUCUCGUGAAGUAGAUCCUAAAGGAGAAAGAACUCUUGGAGUCUUAACGAAGAUAGAUCUGAUGGAUAAGGGAACCAAUGCUGUUGAUAUUUUGGAAGGAAAGCAAUACCGAUUGCAAUUUCCUUGGGUUGGUGUCGUGAAUCGCUCUCAAGCUGAUAUUAAUAAAAGCGUUGACAUGGUUGCUGCACGGAGAAGAGAACGGGAGUAUUUUGCAAACAAUCCAGAGUACAAGCAUUUAGCACAUAGAAUGGGAUCUGAACAUCUUGGAAAAGUGCUUUCAAAGCAUCUCGAAACUGUAAUAAAAUCACGCAUCCCAAGUCUCCAGUCACUAAUCAACAAAACUAUUAUGGAAAUUGAAUCAGAGUUAACUCGCCUUGGGAAGCCGAUUGCUGCAGAUGAUGGAGGGAAAUUAUAUGCAAUUAUGGAGAUUUGUCGAGCCUUUGAGCAGAUAUUUAGAGAGCAUCUUGAUGGAGUGCGUCCAGGUGGUGACAAAAUUUAUAAUGUCUUCGAUAAUCAGCUUCCUGCAGCCCUCAAAAGGCUAUCUUUUGAGAAACACCUUUCAAUGGAAAAUGUAAGAAAACGCAUUACAGAGGCAGACGGUUAUCAACCUCAUUUGAUAGCCCCUGAACAAGGAUACCGACAUCUAAUUGAGACUUCCUUGCGCACAAUCACAGGUCCUGCUGAGGCUACUGUUGAUGCGGUCCAUUAUGUGCUAAAGGAACUUGUUCAGAAGGCAAUAAAUGAGACAGUGGAACUCAAGCAAUAUCCUACCCUUCGGAAUGAGGUUAGAAUUGCAGCUGUUGAGGCCCUUGAAAAGCUACGAGACGAGAGUCGGAAAUCAGCACUGAAACUAGUGGACAUGGAAUCUAGCUACUUGACUGUUGAUUUUUUUCGAAAGCUUCCUCAAGAUCUAGAGAAGGGUGGAAAUCCAUCGCAAUCAGUUUUUGAUCGAUAUAAUGACCCUUACCUCAGAAGAAUUGGAAGUAAUGUCUUGUCAUAUGUAAACAUGGUUUGUGGCUAUCUGAGGAAUUCUAUUCCAAAGUCGGUUGUUCAUUGUCAAGUAAGAGAGGCCAAAAUGUCUUUGCUUAGCCAUUUCUUCACCGAACUUGGUAAAAAGGAGCCCAAGAAGUUGUCAACAAUGCUAGAUGAAGAUCCAGCAGUGAUGGAAAGAAGGGCAGGCUUGAAUAAAAGGUUAGAACUAUACAGGAGUGCACAGGCGGAAAUAGAAGGUGUAGCUUUCUAAGGUUUGGAUUCGAUUUGUAAUGGCAAUUCACCAAGUGUGGACAAUUGCAUUGUUACAGAAUUCAUGUUUUGCAGUUAGAGCUGCAUGAACUGAUUAUAGAUACAUCUACAUGUGAUAUGAUCAGCUGUUUUUGCAUAUUCAGAUUAUUUCAAUUUGCUUUUAGCAUUAUUACUAUUUGGUCUAAAUUUAGGUGUACAUCCACUCUUUUGUAAUCUGGUGAGAACUCUGGAACAGUUGCUAAUUUAUUUACCUGAAGAUAAGGGGUUUUCAGUCU